AUGGCACAGAGAUGGAGAAAGUUAGCAACUGCUGGAGGAUUUAAAAUUCAAGACUACGUGGAUAGCGAGGUUGAACCACACAAGCUAAGGGAAAUCGAGCCAGAGCUUUUCAUAAAGUUCUUGCGAAUUCCUUCCCUGAAAACCUACUCAAGUUUGACUAAAAGGCUGAAAGGUUGUCCAGCGAAAUGGCUGACCGAAUUUUUGCUUCUAGGCGGGCUUUCCACGCUAUUCGAGGUUCUCGAGAAUCUCAGUCAGAGAAGUAUUGCAAAGUUUUCUGAUGCAUUUCUUCAACUUGAAUGUGUUCGAUGCAUUAUGGCCGUCAUGAAUAAUGCAGCUGGAUUGGAGUUUAUUAUAAACAACCCUUACUUAACAACUCAGCUCGUUUCAGGUAAGUGAAUGAUCAUGACCUGUAGAUCUAAUAUUUACUUAUAAAUGAUUAUUAACAUUUUUAAUUUUAAAGCAUCCAAUUAAAAUUCUCUCUUGUUAAAACUGAGAUCGUAAAUGCUAAUUUUCACCGCUAUGUGUAAAUAGCACUUUAUCAGGCAUAGUAGAUUUCUAAUUAUGAUAGCUUUCGAUCAGUUAAAGGGGGUGUAACCAAAGUUUACUCAGCUUUCCAAAAACCAGAGGGAAGUGCUGAUAACGAGGCCUGAGCAUGAGUUUAUUAGCGAGUUAAAAGCUGGAUCAAAGACUCAUGUAAAAUAUGAAACAAGCUAUGUUUCUUUAACCACUUUCAGAUUAGCAUUUCUAAUAGGUAAUCAGUUCUAGUACAUUUUAAGCGAUCCUGUUUUAACGUAACAUGCGCACGCGUUCCUUUAAAAUUGAUACAGAAAACUGGAAUUGUUUCCUCUCAUGAGAACUGACCACGACUCUUACAUGCAAAGUUUAUUGCCAAAUUAUCACUUAACAGGAAAAUGCCUUCAAAAUAGACCAUCUGGUCUGAUCUUAUCAUGUGACCAUUCGCAAACAAGUGCCGAAAAACGGGAAGAAAGCGUCUCUCCAAACAGGCUAAGGAAAGUUCAGUGAAAGUUAUGCUCAGGUUCUAGUUGGUAAACAGAAUCGCGUGCACGGCUUUUUAAGGACCUGCUGUCACCAAUCAAAAAGGAUAUUAAUAUCGAUCAGAUUAGAUAUUACGGACUGGUGAACCAUGUACCGUAAAAAUAGUCUUGCUGCUGACACGUCCUAACCGGUUCUUAACGUAGUGACGAUCCAUAGGAAAUCCAUAGGAUUUCUAACAGUUUUCUGCAAGAGGAGUUGAAGGCUAGACACUGAAAAGUCUGCGAAGUGAAAUACGUGAACGCUUGCGCUGUUCGGGCGGAAAGAACAAUUUGUUGUUUUUCCUUCUUAAAAUGGCACAUAAGAGCUCUUGAAUCAAGAUAGCAGUCGACAAUUUACAUUUACAUAUUUUUCAGACUGGGUAGCUUUUUCAGUUCAAUAUCGCUAGGCCUUUCGGGGGUGUUCCGCGGUGUGUUUCGGGUGUGUUCCGGUUUUCCGGGUUUUAGUACAUCCGCCGGUGAGGCGGAUCGUUACUGUCAAGAGAAUAAUCUCAUACUUGUGUUAAUGAUAGAAACCCAUUUUUAGACAGCAGUGAUAAGCAUAGAAACGAUGUUUCGCCGUUUUUGUUGAAACACAUUUACAAUCUUCGUUGUUCAUGAUCAACAGAUUAUAUUUUUUUAGUAAAUGAAACGAACAAGAAUCUAGCUCCGGUAAUCAACUAAGCACUUUCAGUGCGCGCUUCUCUGGGCAGUAAUAGCAAUAUUUUUUUUUCCAGAAAACUGUCUGUUAAAGGAGCUUACUACCGAUCAAUCACGAGUAGGAUCUUUUCGCCACUGAGAGAGCUAUCGAAAAGCUUCUGAACUCGUAAGCGAGAACGUGCCUGACUACAAUGCACGGUGCUGCACGUACAAACACUCAUAAAGUUAAACUGAAUCGACAACUCAUGAAUUCUUCCCGGACGACUCUCAGUUACUACGACUUCAGCUCAUGAAACUGAAUUCUUCCCAGACGACUCUUAGUUACUACGACUUCAAGUAAUUUGAUUUGGACGGUCUUGUCGUUACAAGCAAACUCUAAAAAUAGUGCCGGGGCUAAGUUAAAGAGUCUUAUGACAGAGGACCACACACUAGUCUCAGUUUCACGUGAAAGGCUUGAUGCAUGCCGGAUGUACCGAGAAAUGUAUAUAAGCGGUCCUAGAGGGUGUCUAAGCUCACAGUGAAUGACUCGGUUUCAGUACAGGGAGUUAAACUUAAUUCUUUGCUUUCCUUCAACGUUUGCGCCGAAUCGACUUAGCGUUUUACACUAUUUGCGUUUUUCAUUUUUUUUUCUAUCCAACCAAUCAGAACACAGAAGUAAUUAUUUGCUUCAGUAAAACUCCUUGUCCACUUGAAGUCAACACUAGAAGAACUGAUCGAUGCCUUACUGGCAAACUGCUUUUAAGUAUAAAUAGUUCGUCUCGACAUUCAGAUGACUUGAUGGCUGAAAUCGCUCCAUGAAUAAACAUUUUUAUCAACAACACUCAGUGGACUUGAAAGCGAAAAAUCUCAGAGCUACAACGAAACCGGCAGCGGAAACAAAACUUGACUGAGCAAACUUUAGAAUAUUCCAGCUGAAUUUCAGAUCCUGGUAGGCCAGCUUAAGAGCACUUGCCCACAAUUUUGCGACACGGAUAACAUCAAAAAUGGCGACGUGGCGAAGAGUGUCGCUGAAAGUUGGUCUAGAAAUCAAUGACCAAAAAGAUGGCGACUUGGCUGACCUUCAAAAUUUAAAGGAUAUCGAGCCUGAACUAUUUAUCAAGUUUGUUCGAAUUCCGUCGCUUAAAAACUACUCGAGUUUAAUUGCAAAACUUGCAAACUGCUCGAACGAAUGGCUGACGGAGUUUUUGACGCUUGGUGGGUUAGCUUCGUUGUUCGAUGUCCUAGCGCAACUUGGCGAGCGUGGUUUAGCAAAGUUCUCCGAUGCUUUUCUGCAACUUGAAUGUGUCCGAUGUAUUAAGGCUGUCAUGAAUAAUGUUACGGGAUUGGAAUUUAUGGUUAACGAUUCUUCACUAACCAGACAGCUUGCCACGGGUAAGUAAAGUUAUUUUCUUUCUUUCUGUUAAUAUUUGGUGUUGUUCUUGAAGAAUGAAGUCAAUUAACGGAGAUGAGAUUAGAGGGCGCAAACGGAAUGAAACAAUAUUAGCGGAAUGAUUUGUUUUCUUUGUUUUUUGUUUCGAAAGGCGGAUAAUCGAAUUUUCUUCAAAGUGAAACAUCCAAAGAUUCCCCUAAGUUUAAAAUUUAUAAACAAUUAAGUAUCCAUGAAUUUUAAGUCAAUCGAUUCGAAUAAAUGCAAACAGAUGUCAGCUGCCACUUGAGAAGCGAGUGGCCUUCUUUAGAAGACUGACCUGUCACUCAAAUCAGUGAAAGAGUGACUUGAAAGGUAAGGCGGAAAAAUAAUACAUCCAAGAUGAACUUGUCGAAGAGAGAAUAGCGUUCGAAAUUGUAAUUGUUGCGCGCGCGCAAGUACACUUCUUCGAGAAACAAUGUGUGACAUUUUCGACAUUAAUGGAUUCUCAACAAAGUGGUGCUUUCAAAAUAGUGAAGAGAUAGAGUCCCUUUCAACUAUUCACUCAAAUAUCUGUAGAUUUAACCCACCCGUUCUUUUUGUUGUUGUUACUGCAGUUAACCAUUUGAUAGUUUUUGCGAUAGUCAAACCUUUUUGAUAAAUUAGUCCAAUUAAUAUCAAGCCGAGAGGCAAAAAACGCAGUCGUGUAAACAAAAGAUUAUUAACAUGCGGGUGUGGUUAGUGAACUGUAUCAUAAACAUGCAAAUACUCUUCAGAAGACCACAAGACAAACGCAAUACAACCCGAUCAAACGUAACACUUAGGAAGUCGUAACAUUGUUCCUGUUGUUCACGAGAAACUUCCAUCCCUUUCAAACCCCAGCAUUUCCGUCCAUGACGUGGAUCUCAAGUGGCCAUUCCAGGGUCUUUGAGAAUUUUGCGCCCGCAUUAAAUUAAGCAAGCAGCAAAGAAGUUCUCAUUAAAAUAUUUGUGAUAACUGUAUACUUGCGCUUCAAACUUGUGUUCAUGACAAAUCAUUUGAUUUAAAUUUUAAGGUUUUCGGUACCAAUGCUAAAUUUAUAAAUCUCUCAAAAAACCUUAUUACCGCGCACAAUUUUCGUGUGAUCUUAGCUUAUUUUACUCACUAGCCACCUCAAAAGUAGCUAAAAGUACUAAAAGAAAGGUUCCUGUUAAGUUUAUGAUUAAGGGUGGAUUCAUGUGCAACAUACGUGUAUAGAUGUCGCACUUGCCCGCUGGAAUUUUUUAUUGUUUUGAAGCCUAAUAAUAAUAAAAUAUUCCAGCGAGAAAAUGAGACACCUAUAAAAAGAUAAAAUGGCAAAAAGUAGAUUGAAUUGUUUUUCCUCAACUUCUUCUCAUUAGCAAUAUUUCCUACACAAAACACGCUUUGAUAGAAUGUUGAAUUAAAGUAAAAAAAAAAAAAAAACACUGCAAAAAACCGUGUACGAUCAAUCUUGUGCUACGUAUACGUCGGAUCCAAAAAGAUCGUGAUCAGUCCAAAUAGAUUAAAUUGAAAACGUUACAGUCAAGAAGACUUUUGCAGGGACUGAUCAAACAACGUGAAAUAGAGUUUGGUUGCGAUAUUUCGACUGGCCAAUACCAGUCUUCAUCAGGUUUAUUGAGAUAUUACAAAUUUACAGAAAUAUCUAUGAAGUAAAAUAUUGACCGGAAAUUACAUAAUACAUGUAUGACGGGUAUGGUGUGGCUACAAAGCACGUGGAGCCCACCUUAUCCAUAAAGCUAAGAAAAUUGAGCCUCUGGGCAUCAAUAAACGUUAUGAACUGUAACUAUAUAUAGUAUAUCUUUUAUUUUUUGUUGUUAUAUUGUCUUUUUAAAGUAGCCACACCAUACCACGUCAUAUUAUGUAAUUUCUGGUCAUUAUUUUUGUAAAUUCGUGAUACCUGAUGAAGACUGGUAUUGGCCAGUCGAAAUAUCGCAACCAAUCUCUAUUUCACGUUGUUUGAUCAGUCCCUGCAAAAGUCUUCUUGACUGCAACGUUUUCAAUUUACGGCUUUGAUAGUCUACGCUAAGGAAAGUCAUUGCCCUUUUUUGGUUUGUAGGCCUGUUUAUAGUACCGCCUGUCCUUGACCAGUUAAAGAAGAUUGUUCCAAGCCAGCGUUAGUGGUGAACAUCCAUAUAUGGAAAAAAUCCUUCGAGUUGUUUUUUUGGCCAAAAGAAAUUUUCGUUGCGAAGCCUGGGCUGUCCAGUCAAUCAUGGCCGAAAGCAGGUCAGACUAAUGCAUCCAACUUUGAAUACUCUUAGGUGAAAACAGCCUUGUCCAAACGAAUCACAAACAAAUCACCUGUUUCACACCAAAUUCACACGGCUGGAGAAGAUUAAUGUUGAUCGCUAUUUCAUUUUAAAGUCUACAGUUGCAACGUAAAAAUAAAUAAAGUAAAAAGCAGAUCCUAAUGAUACCCUACAUGAUGCAUUAUAUACAUGUAUACAUCCCCACAAAAUUUACCUCAGUUUAACUAUCAUCCAGUAUUCAGUAUAAACCGGCUGAGACGGUAUCCCUUAAUCUAAACACUUACCGAAGACAAAAAGUAAAUGUAAGCUUAAAUUUUCAUUGCUUUCAUUUUUAUUGUUUAACACAAGAUAUUAGGCAAGUAUCCCUCGGAUCAAGAACAAACUAUGACCCAGAGCUAGAAUGCGAGUAAAGCCACUGUUUUCUACAGUUUUAAUUUUGUAUUGAUUUCUCUUUUGAUAGAUAAAUCAUACUUUUAGUCAACUUCUGCUAUUAUCUGGACAGUUAAAGCGGUUAUGUGACGCUAUUUGUUGUCUUUUUAAAAAGCUAAAACGUGUCGGAAACGGAUGGCAAGGCCAGGAUGGACAUGGAAUGAAACUUGAAAAAGUUGGGCCAACCUAACUUUUCAAGUUUUGAUGCGAUGCCUUCAAAAUUCUCCAAAAAGAAUUAUCAUGUUUAGUGCUCCCAUGUAACAUUUGUUCACUUCUUCAUAACUUUACAGAAGCAUUUUUUGUAUAGGUAAAGGAACAAGAAAAUUACUUAAGCACAGAAUUGACCUAAAUCCCCGGAGAGGGCUACUCCUGGGAAUUCUUGGUGGGGAUGUGCCGCCCGGUUCUCCAAAUCCUGACCCGAUUUCAGACAAAAAAAUGUCAUUUUUCACAUCCGUUUUCAGACCAGACCUCUAGAAUCCAUAGCCAUUUUCAGACCUGGCCUUUAGGCAGAAAUUAUGUCAUCAUUACUUAUGAUUAGAGCGCAAACAAAAAAAUUCUUCAAAUCCAUUUCGAAUUCGCAUAUUUCUCUAUCUUUCCGUACUCAGAUCAUUUAGAAUUGAAACAAUAAAUACGUUCAUACACUCCCGUAGUUCCCUCGAAAACCAUACCCGAUUCCAGACCAAAACGGGCAAAAUCUAUAACCGUUUUCAGACCAAAAAAGGCGCAAAAACCAUACCUUUUGUGGCGGCACAUACCCUGCUGAUGAUGACUCAUAUAAGGGAUUAACCCCCAGGACCUAAAAACAGCAAUAUCCUGGUAACAUAGCCCCUUUAGGCUGCAGGCAAUUGUUCCUCUCUGCUGUCGAGUGUCGUGCUCCUGUCUAUCGAUGUCUAGCUCCCCCCUUGUUUCAUUCAUUAUUUAUUUAUUUUUGUUCCCAGGUGAGAAACUAUACUGUUUUUCAGUUUCACGACCUUUAUACCUAUUUUGGCAAGUUAUUUUGCCGGCGGGCACCCUUAUCUUUAGCCGAGGGACAAAGGUAGAAGUCUUUGUUUAGUCCGUGCAAUUGAGCAAUGCCGGUUCCUUUAUUUGGGAUAGUGAACUGCGAAAUUCAGUUUUAACUCGCUUUAAGUGCUUCAUUUCAUUUAAGGCGAUGCUUCUACUCACCAGCUCCUCCGGCAGAAAAAACUCUGCCAAAUGUUAUCAGCAUGAAAAGUGCGGGGUCAACUGGUCUUCUUGACCUGUUCCUUAUCUUUAAAGUCAAGCAGCUGAUGGUGUUAGAUAGAUCUCUUCCCGGAGGAGGUGUACUCAACAAAUAUUUAUACGGGGAGGCUUCGCCCCUCUGCCCCGAGCUCCAACCCCGUAGGCUUUCAUAUACCAUUUGGCUAAAAAGGUAAUCCUUUCGUAUUUCUUCUUCUGACGCCCCGGGAAAACGGAGCGUAUAAGACAAACCAACCACGUGACUGACAAGCGACUCGAACGACUCAACAAAGAAACCUCUUCUCGCGGGGUAGUUACUGAUUCGACCCACAGAGCUAAGUUAAGACCCUUGAGCAAUAGAUAUCUAUAAACGUGAUCAACUGUCAGUACUGUGUAACUAUAUAUCACUAGCAUAAAAAUCUAUAUUUCAUUUUCUUUUCCCACCAUAUCACGUCAUAUGCAACGUCUGAUCAGAAUCACUUAUGUUUCGGAAAAUCAAUGAUUUGUGUUAACCUGAAGAACACUGACAGAACUGACUCACGGAAGGAUCAAGUAAUGCUCAAGCCAAAAUUAGAGAGAGAAUACGUUGCAUGAUACCUGUCUAAAAAUUGCCUCUUUAUUUAAAAUAAAAUCGCUCUAAUCUGUAAGUGGUAUAAGAUCAGGAGACAUGAUAGGCGUCUAAAAUUACCUUUAGAAAAUGUUGCCGGUCCACAUGCCGCAGACGUUUUUUCUUUUCUUUUCUUUUCUUUUUGUGACAAAGUUUUCGCGCGCAAAAGCGAACGCGGAGCAUGCACGAGCCAAUGGUAAUUUGCUUUUCCUGGAGAAAGGAAGUUCACUCCCAGUGAUGUCUAAAGACCGUCUAUUUUCUCAUUUGUCCACCCCCACCCCGCUCGCUAGUGUUCAAUAACCUCACCCCCUCUGUUUUUGUUUUCACACACGCGAGCGAGAAAACAGGCUAUAGGAAAAGAAGUCGUUCCAAUCCGUAAGAAGUACCUGCUAGCUCAUUUCCUCAAAGGGGUUAGUAGGAUUGGUCGCUUUUGAGCUUAAAGAAUUUCCUGGGUUAAUUGUCGUGACCUCUUUUCGCCGUCUAAGCCGCGUUAGGUUCUAAACUGGAAUUGUUCAUUCUUUUCCACAUACAGGGGCGUACUUAGAGCUACGUUUUGUCAGUAGAAGAACUGUCAUUGAUAAACAAAAAACAAAAACAUGAAAUGAAAGUAAAGGUUAAAGGGGGUGUAAUUGAUAUCGUCAAUUGGAAAAUGAAAUGCGCUUUUUUCGACACAGUAUCAAUAUCAAACAGAAUCGAAAAGUCACAAAAAAUAGGUAUAAAAAGAUAAGAAAUCAAAAGAUGAACGAUUGAUUUCAGAACUUUUGCUUCUAUCUCAGAAUGACUCAAGUAUGAUCAGCGAAAUUAAAUGAAGUUAUGAAGGAAGAACGGCUUUACAAGCUUCUUGUUAGUACUUGUUACCAAACUCCAAAUUAAGAGAUCGGCCUUCGGAUCACGUAACAAACCAUGAUUUGAUGGAAACUCACGUGCGCUUGUCAUCUUAAUUGCUCAGCACAAACAAAAACAUGAUUUUUGGCUCUUACUUCGAAGCCUGAGUACACACCUGAUAUGUCCUUAAAAUAUAAUAUUGGCCAAUUUCAACCUCACCCAUAGAGAAAAAAGUUUUAACUAAGAUUCUAUAAGCGACUUGCAGUCGUAAUUUUGAUGGUACGUGUUUUUCAGCGGGAGUUGACAUUUCCUCCUGAGACCUCGUUAUCAGUUUCCUGACCUAUCUUCUAGAACCUUUGAUCGAAGGGCGUUGUUGUUUUGAUGGUAUCGAGGUUCGUGACCAUAGAAUCCUCAACCUACUUGUGGCUAUUGUUUGCUAAAAAUACCCGCUUAGCAUUGAUUAACUGUGCAUGUGAUAAUGUUAAUGCCCGUGUCCACGAUGUCUAAUCUCUAUACUGUACCGCUAAAGAAAGUUUUUCACCUGCACUAAAACUUUAAAGUUCAAUUAUGGAAAACUCCAACUGGCAGCGCCUACGAAAGUUGCCCAUUUUCCAGCAAAAUGUCAGGAAAUCAGCUCCACAUCAAGGACAAUUCAGCGAUAUCGACCCCGAACUGUGUAUAAAUCUGCUCCGUAUACCCUCUCUAAAGAAUUUUUCGGCGCUUCACCCAAAACUCGCCAAAUGUUCGUCCGAAUGGAUGUGGGAAUUUCUUUCCCUUGGAGGGCUAGAGAUACUUAUGAACGCUCUAGAGAUUCUUUCAAUGCGUCUUUCCGCCGAAUCUGGGCAUUUCGUUUUCAUGGAUGCAUUUGUGGCAGUAGAAUGCGUUCAGUGCAUCAAAGAAGUUCUCAACUCUCACGCCGGCGUGCAAUAUUUUGUCUCCUCUCCCGAUCUUGUUAGCCAGUUGGCGUACGGUAAGAGAAUAUAUAAUUCUAGCAGAAGAUGUAUUUUACUAUAUCGAUCUGACCAAAUAACCCUAAAUCUUGUUUGCAAUAGUAAUUAAGAAGAAAUUGCCUUAGGGCACUCAACCUUUGGGUGUCGUUGAAUUAGCGCUGUUUUACAGUUUCAAGGAUCUCUGGUUUUUCGUUUCUGAGUACAGCUUGUGUGAUUUUUCCUGUCUAAACUGCCCGUUAAUCCUUUUGUUUUCGACAAGAGAGAAAGACUAAUUUAAACUACAAUGUGUUACUACGUGGUCACGAAUAUCACCUUCGAUGCCGGCGAGCGGUUGCAUGAGACCCGUGAAUGUAAUUUUUACGCCACCAAACUUAGCAAUGACCACAAAAAUCUACCGAUUCUAAAUUGAGGGCAAAAUCGCAUUGAAGUUCUCUAUUUACACUUGAUAAUUGUUCUAUUUAUUUUAGUUUCCGGUGUUAAUGCUGAUGUCGUAUUGCGACGUAUACGUCUGAUUAGGAGUUUUUGUGUGGUCUGUUACAGUGAGUACAACACACUGUCUACUGCAUAUGACGACAGUAAAAAUUUCUAAUUCUAGAAGUCUAGAUAUGUGUGAGAGGAAAAAUAAGUAUUGGAAAGAAUGUCUUACUUGUUUGAUAGCGUGAUCUGUUCAAAACAUUGCGUGCGUGAUUACGUGACCUGGCUUUAGUGGACAAGUGGAAACACUUCAUUAAAACAUCACGAAUUAUUACAAGGUUUCAAGUUGCUGCGGUUCGAUUGCUGCUGUAAUUAAUCGCAUGUUUGAUUAGUAGUCUAACAGUGGCAAAGAGCUAUGUUUUAGACCAAAAGCGUGUGUUAAAGCGUUUGAUAGCGUGAUCUGUUCAAAACAUUGCAUACGUCAAGGUUUCAAGUUGCUGCGGUUCGAUUGUUGCUUUAAUUAAUCGCAUGUUUUAUAAGUAGUCUAACAGUGGCAAAGAGCUAUGUUUUAGACCACAAGCGUGUUUUAAUGAAGAGUUAAGUUGUUGUUGUGAGUUGUUAGUGACGCAAGCUGGGUGCCUAUCAAAUUAUUGUUCUUUGGCAACAGUUCAGUUAUAACAUAAGAAAGGUCUAUAAACACAAAAACACGAAAACAAAACAAACAAGAGAACAAAACAAAAGAAAAGGAAAAAAGGACUAAAGAAAAUAAAUACAAAGAAAAAAAAGUAACAUAUAAUAAAAGCCAAGCCUCAGGUUGUGCGCAUGCCUAGUUAUCUUAAUUCUCUUUUUUGACUAAAAUAAAUUCCACUUCCCUGAAUCCUUUAUCGGUUUUAGCUCAAAAUACUUUUGCGCUUUCCUGUCUUUAUACACUAUUCAUCACCAUUCAUUGCAAUUAGUGGCUGGCAAUGCAGAAUGCUGCCUUUGUUUCCUGGGUGAAUUCUAAUGAUUGGCAUUUAAUGGUCCGUGCGCCACGGGACCACCAAAACUACCUGUGAAAUGUAUUCCGUAGAAAUUUAACGAAGAUGUCGAGCACCGUGGCGAAAAACAAAUGGUCGUCUUUACAAAGACAUUUCAAUAGCGGAGAACACAUUUUGUUUCUUUCGAGCGAAUCUUCUCCAGAAUAUUGCGUUCGAUUGUUGAAAUACCCGUCUGUUCAAAACUACUAUGGUAUGAGAGGCAAGCUGAUGUGUUCUUCGAACGACUGGAUGGCAGAAUUUCUUGAAAAUGAUGGGAUGGAAGUUUUAUUGGGCGCUUUGGAACGAUUAAGUUCUCGAAAGUUGUUUGUUGACGCUGUUAUGCUAUUGGAAUGUACAUGUUGCAUUAAAACGGUUUUGAACUCCAAAGCUGGACUGGAAUUCAUGAUUGGAAAUCGCGACUUCACACGAAGACUUGGUCGAGGUUAGUAAUCUUCUUGUAGCGUUUGGUAUCACGCAGUUUUGUCCAGCGGGUUCUUUUUAAAGCAUGUCUUUGUAUGUCCACCGUAUUUUAUUGUCUAUGUUGCGCCCGUUACUCUCACACCGAUCGACCAAAGUGAAGAAAAUUUCACUAACACGGAAAUUAUUUUAAGCAUUGCUUCUUGCGCUUCAUUAUGUGGUCAAUACUGGGUUUAACUCGGUGUUCAAACCUGUGAAAUUUUUCUUUGUUUUCUAGCUAUUAUUUUUCUUGGCUCUAUUGUGUGGUCUUCUCAGGUUCACAGUUUGUGUUUUAGACACUUCGUUUUACCUCCGGUCAGCGCUAACGACAGAAGAAAAAUUAAAGUAAAGUUAAUUUUUUAAAUGGUAUGUCUUGAACUGCAUUGUUUGGCCGUAACGAUUUCCACGCGAAUGAAAAACAGAGAUUUGCAUUUGAACACAAAAAAUUGUGAUAUAUCAUUCUCUUACUUUUAAAAAUUUACAAAUGUUGGGUCGCAAUUGUCAACGUUACCCUAUGUUAUUUGCGGGGCUCUUGUUAAUUAUGAGAAUUAUAUUUGAUAACAACAGGUGUAACAAUUAGAUGUCCCCAGGUUAUGUAGCUGAUUAUAGCUGUAAAAGACAACAUGUUUUGCUCAAGGUGAUAUACUGCGUAUGUAACAAUAGGUUUUGAGAUCUAUGGAAUCUCCUUCGACGCAGUUUUGGUUUUAUAAUCGCCCGCUUUCAUGAAGAGAGAGAAAUUAAACAGCGUAGAUUAAAAAAAUGAUGAUUAAGCGGUAUUUGCAGUCAGGCAAAAUACAUCAAACAUUUAUAGUUAGCAAAAUUUGCGGUUAUAAAGGUUAUUUCUAAAUAUUGAUUUAGUACCUUUACGGAGUGAAGUAAUAAGGUGAAAAUUAGAUUUAACAAUAAAGUUCUAGGUUACAAGAUUCUCUCUUUUUCAAUUGUUACUUCAACUUGUUUUUCUCUUUUUGAUUCGCAAUUGUCUGUCUGUUUGUUUUUCCAUUGUUGUAGGGAUUAAUUAUAAUUUAGAAGUAACGACUUUAGUGAACAACUUCGGGAAUCUCAUAAUUCAUUGUUUUGUGUUGUCCUCUUACACAUUCAGAAUUUAGAAGUGAGAUUUGUUCUUAACCUGUUCCAGGCGUUCAGAGAGUAGAUCGCUAUGGCAAUCACGAUUUCACUCGCUCCCCACCAUCUGAACGCCGCAGUCGACUAUCUGAACUCCCAGAACAGGCUAAUUUGUUCUUGAUGCUUACUACUUUUUUGUCGUAGUUUAUAGACGUACUCUGUUUUCUCAAACUCUAUUUUUCCAUUCUGUUUUUGACCAAGACAAAAGUCACGUUGACACGUUGCUGGACAAAUUUUCGACCGGUAGCCUGCGAAACCAGCCGUUUCUCCUCGCCGCUGAGGACGUUUCGCGAGAGCGAGGAGAGUAACGGCUGUUUUCGCAGGUUAUUCGACCGGCUGAAAAAAAUUAACCCCUCACACCUUGUUCACGCGGAAUAGUCAGUUCAAUAUGUUCAUGCUGUUCACAAGGACUGACCGGCAAACCAGGUGGAAUUAUAACUUCUGUCAGCGUUUUUAUCAUCUACCAUGCGCAGUGGGCUACUUUAGCAAGUAUCCUUCAGCUGAGUGAUCAAAUUUCAUGAAACCACGCCUUCUGCCGUACAGUAAACUCGGGUGUUCACACUCAGUCACUCAACUUUUCGACCGUACCGGCUAAAAAUGACCUCAAGUGGGCGCUAAAUUUUUGAUCGACUAAGCGCCUUAAUUAUCAUACAGUUGGCGGAGUGAGCGAAGCAUCUGAACACAUUAAUUUUCAACCGGUCGAAAGUUCGUCCAGUUAUAAGUUUUGAUUGUAAUCAGAUUACGGUCCCCUGUACGUACGUCACUUCCGGUUGGCAGAAAACCAGCUCAUUGUCUUUCAAAUAUAAUGUAGCAGGUAAAAUUGAAUAUUUUAGAGCAAAAAGACUCCUCGCAUUCAUCGUGUUUUCACUAAACUCAGCACGAACAACAAAUUAUUUUCCAGUGAAUAUUAACUUGCUCAUGAGAGCCGAUGAACGAAAACCCCUCCUGGGAUUUCUCCAGUAAUCCCAGUGUUUGCACAAAUUUUCAGUCUUCGCUUUUGUUUGUGCAUUUCCUGCACUGCUCUCGAAGCUGGUUUCUGGAAAGAGCGCACGAUUUUCGCUAGCCUUCUCCUACAUAUCGAGGAUCAACCGAAAACCGGUAGCGCUUUCUAGCCCUUGUUGAAACGUCAGUGGAAACUGUAAAAUGGCCUUCAACGCAAAGUCCAUAUGGCGAAAGAUUUCUAGAGAAAAUAAGGACGUCUCCUUCGCAAACACCGAAGUUAUCGCGGACGCAGAUCCCGAGUUGUGCGUCAAAUUAUUGAAAACUCCGUCGCUGAAGAAUUUCUCCGGGAUAAGGCCGCGCUUAGAGAAGGCGAGCAAAGAAUGGCUGAGCGAAUUUCUUGUCCUCGGUGGAAUGAACUGCUUGCUCGACAGUCUAUCGUGUUUAUCUGGGACUAGACACUUCUCUGAAGCUCUUGAACAAAUCGAAUGUGUAAGAUGUAUUAAAGCAAAAUCGGUUUGGAAUGAUCCAAAGUAAGAUGUAUUAAAGCAGUCAUGAAUUCAAGUCGCCAUUGUAAUGCCCUUUGGGAACCGGUUUUAUUUAUGACCAAAGAAUAACGAGCUAACUAGGUCGCUAAUAAAAGGUAAGAGAAAAUUCUACGUGUAAUUCAAGUCGCCAUCAAUAGAAAAUGAAUGUGGGGGAUUUCAUCACUCAUUUUGUCUUUAUUUUCCGUGGUAUUCCAAAUUCAUAAUACAUUCAUUUUCCUUUCUACUCGAUUGUUUGUUGAAGAGUUAAACAGAGAAUUGUGAAAUUUGCAUAUAAAACAAAAGGAUUACUGCAUGACGUAUACCUUAUUCUUGCCCUUUGAGUACCAGCAACCAUGUGCAGUGCCUGAUCCACACCAUGAGAUAAGGGGAGGGGAGGGGAGGGGAGGGGGGGCCUCCCCUGGAUCCGCCACUGAUGUGCUUAUUCAGUUCCUUUUCUUUUCUUUUUCUUCUUUCGAUCGAUUUUCUUAUUUCCGAACCUUAAUAAUAAUAAUGAUAAUAAUAAUAAACAUCACGUCAUUUCAUACUGUCAGUUUCCUCAGGGACCGCGCAGACCAUUUUAAGGUAGAAGGGCUAAAAAGUCUGGCGGUGUUUCGCCAUUUAUCGUGCAUUUGCUCGCCAUCUUAUUUACCACCUCAACAAAUAUAACGUAAACGUCCACACGUGUUAUGCUAUCCAAUAUAGGCAGUAUGUUAAAUAAACCUCCUAAGUGCCGAAGCUCCUCUUGCGAUUGUUAUUGCGGGAAACAAACUCCUGUGUAGCUAUAGAGACACUGUCUGUUCUCCGCUUGUGACCACUCAACACUGCUAGGUCACCCAUCCUGGAUGGAAGCCACGUUUCAGGCGCCGUGCAGAUGGGAAUGAACGCUCGUCGGCAGCGCUGGUUGCAGGAUUUACAGCAGGCAGCUUACAGAUAGUUUGGGCUUUCUCUCUUUCUUCCUUUCAGUGAAUUGAAGUACUGACGGAUAAGUCUGCUCAGUUAGCCUUAGUCCCAAAGUGUUAUUGUACACAAACAUAGCAAUUUCUGGCCUUUUUUACCAAAACCUCUAAGAGACUAUACAAACAAAGUUAAUUUUCUUAUAUGAACAUGUCACCACAGAAUUAUUAUCAAUUAUUGAACGAGGCUGUGUUCUUCAUCUAGCAUGCAGUUUUCAUCCAUUGAGUGGUAUUUUAGGGAAUAGUUGGGCUAUUUCGUCUUUGCAGAACGCGCAUGAAAUUUUCCGCCAUUUCAUCCAGUUCUGCACUUCUGAAACCGCUGAGCCACCGCUCCUCUUGCUUGUGGUUCCUAUUUUCGGACGAUAUCAAUACGAUUGACGUGAAUCGUACUGAUUCGGCAAACUUCUUCCAAGUUUGCUAUUUCAACGCUAGCUGGUUAUGAAGAAUUACCCUUAAUCUUAACGGCUUAUAAGUAAAGGAGAAAUAUUUCAUGAAUAAUAAAUCCCUUAAAUGAUCGGAAGGGCUUCAAUUGGUGCAACAGCGAGUUGCGCGAGAGUUUACGAGAUGCGUAUAUCUAGUAAUUCCCGUAACUCUUUUUUUACUCCUUAACAUUUGAAUCGAAGCUGAAAUCAUAGUGCUGUACUGCCUUAUUUAUGGACGUGCGUUGUAGCUAAAACGUGAACGUGAAGUGUAUUUUAAUGAAUUUUCGCUUCUUAUUUCAAUACACGUGUAAUUAGAAUAUACUCUGUUGAUAUUGCUCUUACUUUUGACCAGUCAUAAAAACAAGAAUUGACGCUGUCACCUGAUAGCUAAGUUUUUUAUUCAAAAAAGCUUCGACUGUGUAGACAAAGGCGACUUCUAAGCAAAUUUUUCGAAGGUGUAAUACACCUGCACUGGAAUUGAGAGCCAUUUUUGGUGGAGAUAAAUUUUAAUAGAUCCUCUAAUGGCUAACGGUCGCAGUCCCAAAAUUACCUUUGAGCAUGGAUGUUAAUUAAAAUUACUUGCGUGUACAUGUUUUGCUGUUUUUAAGCAAAUUACAAACUAAUUGAUUUACCUCAUUGAACAGAAUCCUUUUAAGUUUGAAAACUGUCAGUUCAUUCCAUACAAAUGUAUUAUCAGAUUUAAGUACCUUUUAAACAGAGCAAACAGAAAAUGAGCCUCAUUUGCUAGUCUUGUCUAUAAUUACAAAGUCUUACUAAAAAAACUCUCACUAAGUGAAUAACAAAAUAUUCAAUAUUCUGACGUUUACAAAUGAAUAUUUGCGUUUAUGUUCUGAUAACCUGUCUCACCUUCUCUGUUUAUUGUGAUAAAUUCGCUCUCGAAAAUUAUAACAAUACAUGCCCGGUUUAAUUAGCCCCCUCCGUGAUGUCCUUUGUAGACCAAUUUCCAAGUCUAAUACGUUAUUGGUGGGAACUUUCAAUCAUUACUGCCGUUCCAUUUACUAAAGGAAGACUUCCUAAACGCUGUUAACGAUCUGCAUGCCCUGGGGUGGGCAAAUAAGAUAAGACUGAAUAUUGAAGAGACUCUGCCGGGCGAUUCUAAUGACUUUGAGAGGAUUUUUUUCUCGUAAACCGCAAAGCCGCAUACAUUUUCAGCUUAAUGCCACAAAACCGGACAGUUACUUAGACUUAUCAGAGUCCAUUGUGUAUAAUGGCUAACGCUAUAGUCGCCAGAAGAUGGGAUGUUAUCCGUCAACAGUUUCAGAACAGCGAAGGCGAUUGUGAGCAAAAUGAAACGGGUAGUGUUUCCUUCUCCAAAGAUGUUUCUGCAGAAUUGUGUGUUCGUUUACUCAGCGCCUCGUCUCUUCAAAACUUCUCUGGCCUUAAAUCAAAACUUCAAGCAAGUUCUGGUCAGUGGAUUGAAGACUUUAUCAUCCAUGGUGGAAUGGAAGUUCUCUUCCAAGCAUUAGACAGGUUAAGCCAAACCGGUAGAAUGGCUUUCUUAGAGGCAUUUAUGCAACUGGAGUGUGUUAAUUGCAUCAAAGCGGUUAUGAACUCAAAACAAGGGCUCGAUUCGAUGACGAAAAACAAGACUUUGGUGCGAAAUCUAGCUCAAGGUUGGCUUGAACUGAUAUUUCAGUAUAAUUCAGUUUAUAUUAGAUCGUAACUUAAUUGUGUUUCUGUGCUUUUUUAAAUUCACAACAUAUAAUAGGGAAGUGUUUUGUCCUCCGAGUUUUAAUCCAGUGAUUUGCACUCGAUGCUUUUCCGUAAAGGUGUUCGCUUAUCGUAUGUUUGUGUUCAUUCCAAGGAAUUAUUUUAGAUUAUUUCAUGUUUGCAUUUGUGGCUUGAUACUUAAGGUUGAUAUAGAUGAUACAGAGAAACAAAUCAUGGUACUUAUCCAUAUAUUUAGCGACUCUAAUUUAUCUUCCAUUUGACAUGCGUAGGCCGGGUGUUAAUAACUCCCGCCAUUUUUCCACUGCCCGAAAUUUAUCAGGCUAAAAAUCUCUUAGGUGGGUGAUAUCGCAAUUCUUAUAUAUAACGGAAAGUUUAUUUGUGACCGUUCGUAAAUUGAAAUUUCUCACUGUAGAUCUUGGCGCCUUUUGUAAUUUGCUUGAAAAUCAACCAAUGUUUACUUUUUGUUGCAAACAGAAACUUGCUCUCUUGCAGAGAAGAAAAUGAGAAAAGCACGGGAGCAUUAAUAAUUGAAACUUUGUCGAAAUGGACAUUAUUUAUAUACAGCUGUUUCGAGACAGGUUGUCGGAAGAAAUGCGCACGCGACAAUCCCGAAAGGUAAUAUGGGAUAUGAUCAAUACACUGUUCGUAACUACUGAAGCUGCCGAACCUACUUUUGUUGCUUUCCUUUCGCACUCGCAAACGUAUGUCCGUGGCCUCCCGUACCAUUCUUUCCAAUUUUUUUGAAGAAAAGUGCCCUCAAAGCCACCCACAAUACCUUUCAGGAUUGUCGCGUGCACUUUUUCCGACAACCUUUCUCGAAAUAGUUGUAUAUCAUUUUUGCACUAGAAGUAAUCUAUCAUCACUGAUAGAGGCUUUUAACUGAAAAUGCCUUGUGCGACCAAACAGCCUUAAAAAUAACGUUUUUUUAUCCUCUUUCUUUUCUCUUGUGUGUAGAGCUUUGUUUUAAUAUUUUCUUUUACAUCUACGUGAAUAGCCUGCUCUCUUUUUUAUACGAAUACAAUAGACCUUGUCACGGUUUUCGACGCCAUCUUGACGAGUAGGCAAACGCAAGAGAAAUUACAGUGAUUGUAUGAGAAUCUAAUGUCGAAAUGAAAUAAAAUGAUAAAAAAUGAAAAAAAUGUGAUUUGUAAACUAAAGCUUCACUCCUAAGGAUUCUCCUGAAAAAAUCUGAGGGCGUUCCAUGAUAGAGGCUUUUAACUUUAAAAUUUUCCACAUUUGUCUGUGACCAAACAGCCAAUUAUAAAAAACAACGUUUUUUAUCCCCUUUUUUUUUUAGGACAAUUUUUUGUGUAUUUUGUUCAGAACAGCCGUUCUACGGAAAUUUUAGAAAAUUUUCUUUUUUCUCAUCUACGUCAAUAUGGCCUGCUCUCUUUUUAAUGUAGUAGCGGCAAUGUUAUCCGCUUUAACCACGGCAAUAAGUUUGGAGACUUCUCGAGAACUCUGAUUAAGAUGUCUGUCUAUGUAACAAUUACUUUAAAACCCCUAGUUACAAUCAAAUUCUCCGUUGUGAAAUAAGUGAUGCAAGAGCAUGUUUCUUGGCAACAAAUUUACAUAAAAUUGAAUUUUUCCCGCGGCCUUGUCCCGCGGGAUAAAAGACCUGGCAGUGUAUUUGCAACUAAUGACUCGUACUGUUUGUACUAACCUGUAUUUGAAGUCAAUGAAUAAUUAACGUAAAUUUAUCCUUUGCGGGUUUGCAAAACUGACUGCAGUCACAAACCAUGUUUUUUCUCCUGUCAGGUUACAAUUAAAACACCCACGGACGCCGAACUUUUCAUGAGCCGAACCCAAUUCGAAUUAAGGCCGACCCGAAUUAUUUAGACCGGCUGAAUUGAUUCACUGUACUUAAAUCAAUGUACAUGUAUUAGGUUUGGCUCAUGAAAUGUACGGCGUCUGAACCGGGCCUUAGGUAAUAAAUAUUAUUAACCUUCUCUUCCGUUUUAUUUCAGCCCUGGACACAAAUAAUACUAUGAUCAAGAAACAGGUCUUCGAGCUUCUUUCCGCACUGUGUCUUUAUUCUAAUCAAGGACAUAAACUGGCAAUCGAUGCACUCGAGAAUUACAAGGUAUUUUGUGAUACAUAUUAAUUAGUUUCCCCUUUCGAAGUACGGUACAUCGGGAGCAUUUGGCCUAAGCUGAGAUGCUAUCCCAAAAAGUACAUUUGUUCGAAAACGAAGCUUGGAAUAGUUUUAAGUCUAAUAAGGUUAUGUUCACACUGUGCUGGAUAGCUCUUGCGUCAGCGCGAAAACCAUACCGCUGGGACCUCUGUUCAUGCUUAAGAACGGUGCUUUCGGCGCGAUUUCUGUAACGGAACUGCGCCGCAUCGCGCCGAUCUCGAAAGUGGACCUAGCCUCGCAUAGAACGUAAAGAUAGUGGUUAAUUUUUCUUCCUUUUCCCAAACUGAAAACUUUUCUUAUGACUGGAAUUAACUAGCGGAACAUGUCAGAUGCCUAGGUAAACAACAAAACGAUACAUUUUCGAAGUGAUUCAAAUUAGUGCAAGUUGCUUUCUCAUGUGACGUUUUCCCUGGCGAUACAGCAUCGUUCCUUCCAAUAGAAACUUUACGAUCCGACAACGAUGACGCCAACUAAAACGUUCCUGACAAACUGGUUUUCCGUCGUUUCCAAAUUGUCCUCGAUUAUUCUAACUUAUUCCUUUAAAGGUAGGAAAAUUAAGGUUGAGCUGAAGGGUCAGAUAUAGUGAUAUUUCACUUUAUAAAUUUAGUCAUUUCACGUCGUACUCGCGCGGGAAUGAAUUGUAUCUCCCUGCUUCAUGUUAGGCUGAAUAACAGGUUUUAGGUGUACCAGUUAAAGAGAGAUAUACAGCUGAUACUUUUUUCCUAUCUUAUUCCAAUAACAGCUGACUAAAGGACAAAGAUACAGAUUUAGCCUGGUCAUUAAUGAACUAAAGAAUGCUGAAGUCAUACCUUAUAUGACUACUUGCCUGGCUUUUAUUAAUACCAUACUUAUUGCUACUGAAGACUUUGAAGAACGUGUGAGACUGAGGAACGAAUUUGCAGGUAAAUAAUGCAGAAGUACAUUUCCUAAAAUGUAAAUAAUAAUAAUAAUAAUAAGGAGAUAAUGUAUAUUGUUUUAAAUCGUAAAGUGUCUUAAAGCCGUAAACAUAUACCUUUACAAUGGUCAUUUCAUGAUGUCGCUUCCGCUGACUCCUGGAUCUUCCUCUUUGAGGCAAUGGUUACGCUCACUGAGUUGUGUUUUCAGUAUGAGACUGACAGACUGACUGAGAAAGUUACUCGUAAAUAACUAUCAAGACGAGACUAAUUCUGCAUGUUGAGACUUGAAUGUCUAGAUGCGAACAUAACUGUAAUGAUUGUAAACUAUGUUUUCCAACAGUAAUCCAAAACAGAGAUGGCUACUUGAAUUUGAAUGUUGCAGUCCUCUUGAAACAUAAUCUCACACAGUUGUGUAAACCUUGUCAAAGUUGAAUAUCCACUGACAUUGCUAUUUUGGAGGGAAGACUUUAGCAGCGAACGUCUGCCCCCUUAAACUUUCCUAACUUCGUAUUUGAUUCUUGAAUUAUUUAUAUCUUAGUGUUAUCACUAAGUUUUCACCACAAGCUCCGUUAAUGGUUUAAGUCCUGCAAAUAAAAAAGGAAAAGAAGGGGGAGUGAGAUAAAUCUUAGGUGUGAAACAAGAUGAAAAUCGCCAAGACUGAAUGUGAAAAGCGUGCCAAAGAAGGAGCGGGCAGCUUACAUUUUGUACAGUUAAAGGAAUUUGUCUUUGUAUUGCUGCUUAUCCAAUAAGCUUGAGCUAAUUUUUUAUUGUUUUAUUUUAAAAUAAGUGGUCACAAGUUAGUUUCUCGUGUCGUUUAGUGGUCGAACACUGCUACCUGCAGCGAAAAAAUUGUCGCGAAAAUGCUUGAGGUUUGAACUGUAUUCGUAAUUGGUCAAAAACAGAAAGUUUACUUUCAAUGUACAACUCGGCUACUAUUCGCGCCAAAUAGUCGGCAGGUGAAUUUGUCUAACAACACGUACUAGUUAAUUUUUACUAAAAAGAGAAGAAGCAUCGACGAUUACUUUGCUAUUUUUUAAUAUUUUUUCGACGAUUGCAACAAUCGCGUAUAUGUCGAUGAGUAUUUGUGGGGAUAUCUCCAGGACUUUUUAAAUAUUGUGGCCUGCCUCAGCGGAGAAAUAAAUACAUGUAGGGUCAGCAUGAAGCUCCACGUUGCUGGAAAUUAAUGGCUCCAAUUUAUUCCUCUUCAGGUCUUGGAUUACUGGACAUUCUGAGCAAUUUAAGGUAAGAGGUAACUCAGAGACAAUCACGAAGGCCGGAACAGUUUGCAGUUGAAAGCGGCGAGAACCUACGAAAACGAGCUUUCUUAGUGCUUUCAAACGCUCUAUUUUUAUAGGGGAUGAAGUUGACAAAGGAAAUUUUUGUUCUUAUUACGUUUUAUGUGAGACCGAAAAUUGUUUUGAAGUACCGUUAAGUGUAUCUCUGUUUUCUAAAAAUUUCGGUAUAGAUAUUUACGACUGGAGCAGGACUAAGUACUUCAGUCAAAACAGGUCCCGUAUGUGGAAAAGAUACACUGGAAAAUUCCUCGUAGCAUGCAGCGGAUCAAAUUCACAUCAGCGAAAAGUUGAAUUUGACAACGUUCAACAAUUAUAACAAUUUACUUGUGUCAUGCUUUUUGAGAAGUAAUGAGCUCAUUUAAGUGAACACGUACAGCAAGUAAACAGUUGAGUAGCCACUCGAAAUCAGGCAAAAAGAAAGCAACGAAUGUUCAUUAUAUAUCAGUCCAACCAAUUAAAUCUAGUUGGUUAGGAUAAUUAUUUUUACUAUGACAUUAAAACCAAGGGAAUACUGAUAUACAUCUAUGAAAUAUGAAUGUAAAAAGUGCAAACAAGCUAUUCUAACUACGUUCCACAAUUUCUUAGUUUAGGAAAAAAUAAGAUCACAAUUUAAAAAUUGAUUAUCUCUAAAGAAAUGAGCGGGAAGUUGAAAGGAUGAAAAAAUUAAAUGCUUUUAAGAAAACAUUAAAAAAUUCUCUGUUUGUGUAUAUUAUUUCUGAGCUAAAGUUCCCUUCUUGUGAAAUGAAACACUAGCAUCUGAGUUCAGGGUGUGAGCGAUUAAAGCAAUUAAAACAAUUACGCAACCGCGAAAUUAAAUAUUACCGACACUGUUUACAUUAUUCCUGGAAUAGCAAAAUUCAAUACUCGACUCUGGAAGUACGACUACCGAUUCAAAUUUGGCGAAAAGAGUUAGUAAGUCUUUAUGUUUGAGCAUUUAUUAUAGUUCUUAAUUACCUCUUAGGCAUAACGACGAUGAAGAUUUACUGGUUCAACUUGACGUAUUUGAAGAACAGAGACUAGAAGAUGACGAAGAAUUGAGUUCUCCAGAAGGGGUUAAUCUCACUUCCCACUUGGAUGUCUUUCACGCCUUGUUUAGAAAGGUUACAUCAUCUUUCUUUCUUAGCAUAUUGCUUCAAGUGUUUCUGUUUACGUAUUGUUCUUAUACCCUUGUUAGACCGAAGAAGAUCUUAGACUAGAAUAAAUUCAUCAAAGUGUUGAAAUAAUCGACAAAUUCCCCAUUCCCAAGAAGGCCAUGCUGAACUUGACAAAGGCCCGCGGAGGAUGGGCAAACUUGUAAUUGACAAAAAUCUGACUGAGCCAUUAUACCGUAGCAGGAUUAGCUCAGUCGGUAGAGCGCUUGACUGUCGAGCAGGAGUUCGUGGGUUCGAUUCCCGGCUCAUUUGCCCUGCUCCUGAUUUGGAUGACCACGCGCGUAAAAUGGCGGUCCCAUCUCCAUCAGAAGGCUUACUUAAAAAAGAAUUGUCCUUAAUUGGUAUUUAACUGCUAAUUACAUUGACGAUUCAAAAGAAGUGCACUUUUUUAUUUUUAUCAUUGAAAGGUGGUUAACUACCACCUUAAGUAACUUUCAGUUUAUUUCUCGUUCAUAGGUGAGCAACAAACCCCAAGGAGUGAACCUUUUGAGCAUUUUGCAAAACCUGCUUCUGAUAGAAGACGAUUCUCCUGUGUCAGACUCUGUUUGGGAGGUGAUAGAGAAGCUAGUAAGGCGAGCUGUACACAUAGAAUCCAUCCCUCGGGCCGAGUCGCUGUUAGAGGUAGGCGAGAAAGAACUUAUGGGCUUGGAAGAUAGAUCAGCUACAAGACAACAUAACAAAACUGAGCGAAGUGACUCUUCCGAUGACAAUCUUAUUGAACAGCGAAUGUCUGUGGCGGAGCAUUCUAUGGAAGAUGUUCGCUCAGCCUGUCUGAUGUCUGUUCCCGAUCGACAGGAUACUUUAACUGCAGAUCAUAAUGCGGUUGUAGAACAGAUUCAAGCAUCGUUGUGUGAAACUGCAUUAGAAGAAGCGGCCCCUGUAACAUUCUUCGACGAAGCGCCUUCGUCCUCAUCGGUUCAAAUACUUGAAGGAAUCAUACAAAAUAACAAGAAUGUGGCUGUUAGAUCUAAACCAAUUAGCAAAGAAACAGACUCGAGAUCAUCAGAAGGCGAAAUGGAAGGAGAGGUUGCAUCACCAAGCUCCUGUGAACUUCUCGAUCUUGAAAGUGUGGCUAUCGAACCUGGUUUAUCCAAACGUUCCUCAUCUCCAUCCUCUCCAGCAGUAACUGAACAAUCGAGUGUUGAAAGUUCGGUAGAGUUAAAGCAAGCUUCCAUUGUCCAAGCAGGACUACCUCCCCCUCCACCUCCCCCACCGCCUAUUGCUAGUCAAUCCGGUGAUAGAUUUGAGGAGCAACCUUAUCAAGCAGCCCCAAUUCAAGGAGGUCCCCCACCUCCACCUCCACCUCCACCACCCCCUCCUCCGUUACCUGGGCAAGAUGCCAGUACAGAGUCUGGUGUCUACCCGGUCUCCGAGGGAGCUACUUCGCCUCCACCUCCUCCACCGCCCCCACCGUUACCAGGAAACAGCAGCGUACCACCACCUCCACCUCUCCCAGGAUUUGGCGCAGUACCCCCACCGCCUCCUCUCCCAGGAAUGGGUAAUGUUCCGCCGCCUCCUCCCCUACCCGGCAUGGGAGGUGUACCGCCUCCCCCUCCUUUGCCUGGCAUGGGAGGUGUUCCUCCACCUCCUCCUCUUCCUGGGAUGGGUGGUGUUCCUCCACCACCGCCUCCACCUGGUGGCGUUCCACCUCCGCCCCCUCCCGGUGGGUUUGUCACGCGAGCUUUCCAGCAGAAUCUGCAAGGCAGGGCAAGUUCUCCCCUAACCCCUGCUGUGAAACCCAAGACCAAGAUGAAAACUCUGGCUUGGCAGAAGCUACCGCCUCACGUUAUACAAAGGAGCAAAACAUGUGUCUGGGCGCGGGUGCAGGCUUUGGAAGUCGUUCAGCCUGAUUUCCGACUUGAGGAGGAAUUGUUUUGCCAAAAGAAAACAGCACCCAAGAAAGCAGAUUCCAAAAAGAAGGAGUCCUCAGAGGUAAGAGUGGCUGGCUUGUCCAGUAGCCUGAGCUUUAGAUUAUCCUGGUUUAUCCCAAAACCUUGUCUCUUCUUUGAUUACCGUCACUCUCUCUUAACUCUUUCACUCCCAGAAGUGUUUAAAGUAAAAAUUUAACAAGAAUUCCAAAGUUCAUUUUGUAAAAUAAUGCAAAAUAAUAGUAGCAUGUAAAAGUACCGUCAAAGAGGUUGCAUUUCGAUGAUCACACCAUAGGAUUGUCCACAGACUAUAGCUGACUUGCAGAACUCUAUCUUCCUUUCACUCUGGUAGUGAAGGUACCUUUCACCUUGAGCUGGUCACUGCCAUUGUUUAAUCUGUACCAGCGGUGGACUUCAUCAAAAGAGUUAAAUGUAUCAAUCAAAAAGCUUGCUAGAGAAGAGUUUUUGUAUCCAACGAAAAUAUUUGGAUCAGCAGAAGUACAUGAAAUAAUGAAAAGGAUACUGCACCGAUAAAAUACAGGUUUUACAAUGCUUUGCCGUUUGGCCCUUCCUUACAGUAUAACUCAUUGUCUUUUUUUCCACCAUAAGGAUCAGUUCGACUGUUUAUUUCAGUUGAAUGGUAUUUUGUAAAAUAGGUCACUGUAUAUUUUUAACAAGGAUUUUGAUGCUUUUAUUGAUAUCUGUUGUUUUGGUUGUUGUUUAGAUCAGCCUUCUGGACCCGAAAAGAAGUCUUAACGUAAACAUUUUCAUGAAGCAGUUUAAAAAGUAGGUAGUCUACUUCUUAUGUUCUUUGUAGUGGCCUCGAAAGUUUAAGUAUUAAAGAAUUGCGUAGAAUUCGUUUCCUUUGCAAACUGUGUAAGGCGAAAAAAAGCUUGGUUUGCGAAUCAAAGAAAAUGAAAACCUUGAGAGGAGGCUCAUCACACAUUGAGUAAUAUAUAGAUCGAGAUGGAGAAACACCGCCUCUCGUUCGAUUUGUUUUCUCUUUUUUUACGCGCUUUGUAAAGGAAAGGACUGCUACACAGGAUAACAUGAAAAGCCGACACCUCUAGAAGGCGGUUAUUAACACAUCACUGACCCGAGGUAACCUUUUCCUCAGCACUGGUAUGAACUGAAUUAAUUCGUCAGUAGCCAGAUUGUUUCCGCUACUGAUGGUUUCUGAAUUGGAGAGAGUUUAUCGUUAUUCUGUUCUUCCAAACAUUGAUUCUUGCUGAGGAUGAGGGGGUGAAAUUGAUUCUCGAUUUUGUUUCCUUUAUAGAAAAAACGAAGAGAUAGUUGAGUUAAUCACCAAAGGAGACAGCAAGGCCUUCGACGUAGACGUCCUCAAAGCAUUCAUCAAGCUUCUUCCUGAUAACACUGAGGUUAGCAGGAAAAGUUUAUUUUUUUGGCUUUUAAUACCAUCCGAAUAAAACUGUCAGGAAGAAUCUCACACCACAGUAGUUUGGCUGAAACUGUGCUAAAAAACUCCGCUUUUAAAGACCGACACUUCGUCGGUUUCGCCAGACAACGGGUGGCUUCUUUACACACUUGGAAAGCAAUAAGAUUCAUUUCAUCAGUUUUUAUCAUCUAAUUCUCUUUUAAGUUAGACUCGCUGCUAAUCGAACCAAAUAUUUUUUUCUGAUUUAUGUUCUUUAUCUUUCUCUUCCCAGAGAGAAAUGCUGAAAGGAUUCUCGGGAGACAAGAAACAGCUUGGAUCUGCGGAGAAGUUUCUUCUCGCUUUGGUUACCAUUCCUGGGUAUGUGGGGUGAUUUCAGUCGUAGAUCAAUCCCUUCCAUCCCUUAAAUCUUUGAAAUGUUAACAUUGUCAAACAGUUUGUAAGAGCUGCACUUAUAGUACUAGGAAAGAAUCAGAUGACAGCUUUUUAAGCUGUAGUAACAGGAGGACGUUACUACAAUCUUGAACAACCUACCUUUCUCCUAAGAUCAACUUGAACCGCAAGAAUACCAAAACCCGACGUUUUCCCUUCCUUGAUUUGGAGAGGGCCGGGAAGGGUCGUCUAAUUUUCCAUUUAUUUUAUCCAUGAAUGUAGGCUAAGACCAGUUCCAGUUUUGUUAGGUUCAAGUUUAUCUCCUCUUUAAAACUUCCAGGGUCCAUUGUCGGAUUUUUCAUAUUAUAUUAUAUUAGGUCUUACACAUUCAUUAUUAUUUUAUUGCCAACAGAUAUAGCCUUCGUCUUGAAGCCAUGUUACAGAAGGAAGAGUUUCAGAUCACAUUAGACACCAUCGAACCAAGUAUCGAAGCAUUAAAAGGAGCAAUGGAAGGUGAGGAGAUGUUUUUGUCCCAUAAGUCGUAGUGCCAUCCUGUGGAAAACUUACUGACUUGCUAACAAGGGAACUUAAGUGGGCUGCAUGUAGGAAAUUUAUUCACAAACUUGAAGCAGACAGCUCCCUUUUCUCUAAACUCAGAACGGUAGCAUGGCUGAGCAGUUAGAGCGUUGGAGAUGUUAUCUUGAGGACCUCAGUACAAUUCCGGUCUUGACCGCGAGCAGGAUAUUUGUUUAUAGUUGUAGUCCCUAGUUCAAAGGAGUCUGGACAACUCUCCUGGUUCAGUUGCCUUCGGCAAGUUGGGAUUCUUACCAUUAAAGUUAUGUUUCAUUUGAUUUAUUUAUAUCAAUCAUUUGUUCGGCGUCAGUAGUCUUUUUCCUUAAAUAUCGUCGUGGGUGGAAAAGGUAUAUUUAUUUCUUUAUUUAAUUUCAUUUAUCCUGUCUAAAAACUCGGACCAGAACAGGAACCCAUCCAUCACGUAAGUAUAGUCAAUCACGUGAGAUCUUGAGCGAUUGAUCUCACACACAUACCUCUUGUUGACAAAAAAUUUACAACAGAAGAAAACAAGGAAGAAAUGACAAAUAUGCUCUCGAUGGCAAAUCACUGCUAAGCAUAAUAAGCGUUGUCGUUAGGGUUGUUGGAGAUUGAUGCGGCAUUUAGCUGGAGAAUAUAAGAAUUUAACUAUGCGUUAUACAAUGCUAUUCUCAACUCCUUUUCCAUAUUCUUCAGACGUUCUUCAAAGUGAAAUUCUUCCUGAAGUUCUUCAGUUGAUCCUCAUCAUCGGAAAUUUCUUGAAUUGUGUAAGUAUCCAGCUGCUUUUUCUUGUCAUUCUGUACACCAUUCUGCACACCAUAAGCUACAGGAAUACCAACGCUUUCUUAUCUUUGACACAGGGUGGGUAUGCAGGAAACGCUGUCGCUUUCAAAAUCAACUCACUUUUAAAGAUUGUCGACACCAGAGCCAACAAACCUCGAAUGAACCUGAUGCACUUCUUAGUUCACGUAAGUAACAAUUAACUAUUACGGGCAUUCAAACAAGGGCCUUCAAAAUCGUUUGAUCAAAGAAAACAAAGCCUGUAUGGAUUUGGAUUCCAGGUAGCCUGCGUAGCAAGCUUUUCUGUGCGGUUUAGGAGCAAAGAAUGAGGAACAAGAGUCAAAGACCGCGCGAAAAAUGACGCAAGUAAAAGAGCGGGGAGGGGGUCAUUUUUUGGUUCUCGUUUCAUUUCUCGCGCGGUCAAAACCGAAAGUCCUCUUUUGCUCCGAAACCAAACGGAAACGCUUGCUACGCAGGCUAGAUGCCAGUGAAAGAGAGAAACGUUAUUAAAAUGUCUUUGCACCUAAAACUUAGGAGUAAUAAGACAAAGUGUGGGCAUUUGAGUUUUAACAGUUGUUAUUUUUUUUGGCCUAUGGUAAUGGAAAGGUUUUUGGCUUUGUAGGUGGCUGAAGAGAAACGUGAAAAGGUGUUGAAGUUUCCAGAUGAUAUGAAACACCUCGACAAAGCCGUCAAGUAAGUAUCAGUGCAAGAAGGUCUGAUUGUCAUAUUAUGGUAAAGGGGUAAUAAGGUAAUAAAAUUUUGAAGAGAAAAGUUGAUUGCAGGAAAAUAGCGAACCGCCACUAAGCUUGGUUACAGCCUUAUGUGUCUUCUAGCGCUGUGAGUAUCAUGGUGAUGGGCAAUGCUUGGGCAAGCUCGCAAUCGUGCCAUGUCUGAAUCAUAUGUUGAACUACGCAACUGAACCAGGAAGUCGUAAGACUGAUUUGUAUGUUAGUCAGAACUAACUGAAGAACUGCUUCAUUACUUAACAAAUUAAGUGGCAAUAUGAUAUAACACGAUUCGUUGGUGACAAGAGUAAAUACUGAGUCCUUGCCUUACCAAUAUCCUUCCUGAGUCUGCAAUCCUUUUUGACAGCGCCUUCUGGUCACAAAUGCGGAUUCUGAACUUAAUACCAGCCUUUUUAACAUGUCAUGUUGAUGUUGCUUUCUUAUUGUUAUUUGCAAGGCUAUCAGUGGACAAUAUCACCGAAGAAGUCAAGACCCUCAAGGGGAAACUUAAAGAACUCGAAAAGGGUUUAAAAAAAGGGCCAAAGGACAUCUCUUCGCAGUUUUCUGAAUUUGUUCAGGUAUCGUGAUUAUUUUUUAUCUUUUGGGUCGCAACAACUGUUUCUCUGUAGGUAGAGGCAUUCUAACUUGUACCUUUAUUAUUGUUAAGGCAGAGGGAAGUGAAAAAAAACUAAAUGUAAUCUGUUGCUGUUUCCUCUAGACCGCUGUAAAAAAGACCAAAGAACUUGACGACGGAAUCAAGGAAAUUCAUGAGCUAACCAAGCAAUUGGCGCAGUAUUUCUGCGAGGAUGAGGGCAAGUUAAAACUACAGGAAUUGUUAUCUUUGUUCAAGACCUUUUCUGAUCAACUUGUCACAGCUAAAAAGGUAAGUCGAAAUAUAAUUAUUUGUUCCUUGAGUUACAGUGUUUGACUACAAAACUUGAACUCGGUAUGGACAUUAUUCGAAUUUUUUGGGAGAAUGAACUGAUUAUAAUAAAUAUUUGCUCUUAUUGUUUUUAAAAACAAAAUGACCGGACUGAACAGUGGACUGGGGCGGGGACGGUUUGGGAGGAGUUGCCUCCCUUUCCCACCGCUAUUCGACCACCCCCCUCCCCCUCCCCCUCCUCGGUGUAUUUGAAACCAAUUACAAAAUGGCCGCCAGUGACGGUGAGUGCUGACGAUCUCUACGAUUUUACGGGAAAAGAGGGGACUAUGAACAGUCUAACUGAACAGGGUACGGUUUGUAUAUCAGUUCCUGAUGGCUUCUUAUAAAAAAACAGGGUAAGCUCUCCUAACGGACACUCUCGAAGCGGACAGCUCUACUUACGGCCACCUUCACAAAACCCCGUUUUGCUCAACUCCCAUACAAACUCUGUAUUCUCACAUUCUCGUAAGCGGCCAGCUCCAGUUACAGACACCUUUUUCGCGACCCAAGGGUGUCCCCUCACGAGAGCUUUCACUGCGAAAUUAUGUUUGAAAGAGUGUUCAAUUCGAAAUGAUUGAGAUUAUUAAUUUUCCCUUUUAAAAUGUAUUUACCAUUGUUGAUAGUAUUAAUUACGCACGAAUCGAUUUAUUUCUUUUCUUGAUGUAAAUAUUUCUAAACUGUGUCUUCGGUCAAAUUAAUGAUUCCUUUUUUUAUUUGUUUGGUAGGAAAACGAACAAUUUCGCAUCCAAGAAGAAAGACGGAAAGCACGGGAGAAAAAACGGCAAGAGGAGGCCGAGCGAAACGCGAAGGCUGGCGGAAGCGUAAAGAAAGGAAAACCACGCCCCUUGGACGAAGAACAGGAAGGAUGCAUUGUUGAUCGGCUUCUGAGUGAUAUUCGGAAGGGCUUCCCCCUGCGGAAGAGCUCAAGGAACACCCCUAGCGGGAUCAAAUCUGCAUCUCCUAGACCGAAGCGUAGUACCGAGGAAGUACGAGGUAAUGCUAAGAAAGACGACCAGUUCCGAAGAAUCUCGAGUCCAGCAAAGCUUCGCGCUAAUUUAAACUCGGCCGGAGAUGGGAACGAGAUUGUGUUGAAGAGAAAUCUUGACGGACCUUCUCUUCCGAUUGUGUAGAUUAUUAGUACAUUAAACUGGUCUGUUCCUUUCCAAUGAUUUAAAAAAGUACAACUUUUGCAAUACUGUCAGCUGAAGGCAGGCGCAUGUUCACAUUGUGAUCGCCUCUUUUACGCAAAACCUAUGCGUGGCUAUAAUCAUUAAUGUUACAUGAAGAGGAAAACUUCAAAGCGCGUUCUAAUUUGCAAUGACAGAGUGAACGAUCAAAAUUGACCGAAGAAUGACGUAGAACCUAACAGUCACUGCAAAAGUUGUUCUCUUGUAUACUGACCGGGUAGAUGUGUGUCUUAAGGAAAGGUGAACGUCUAAUAUUUGUAUUACAGAAAAAUGUGGUGCAAAAUUUGAGGCGGGAUUUUUUAAGGCGCUUUAGUAUAUAUGAGCCCACCUGCAAAAGAAAAAUGAAAAAGAAAUUAAGUCCUAAUCGAUCAGAAAUUACUGAUCAUAUACUUUCAGGCUUGGUAGAAUUUCCUUUCAGUUUUCACUCCAAAAGAUAUUGGCCACAUCAUGUUGCUUUAAAUUCACACAAAUAACGGGAAAUAAUUAUUAUAAUAGUUUUAUAUCUGAUUCAGUUCUAAGCGUGUUUGUAUACCUCCGGCAAUAUUUGUCCGAGCCGCUAAGUCUGUCUGGGAGUGCGGCAUUUGUCAUCUUUUCAACAUUGGAGAUGUUAAGUGUUUUUCCGUAAAGUAAAAUGGCUUUUGAACAGCUGAAUGAUUCAAUAUUAUGUCGAAUGUAUCUUUACUUCUCAACCAUGCCUCUUUACCAACACUUGAAGAGAGAACACACCAUACAAGCUUCCGUCGGCAAAACGCAUUCCAGAGUGUACGCAAGUAGCUCUUUUGAGUAGUCUGUUUUGAAAGGAAGACCUUGGAAAGGUUAACAAUUGAAUUGGAAGGGUUAUAAAUUGCGUAGAUUUUCAGUUUGGAAAUGAAGUGCUGCUGUUCAUAAGGGGACGCUGGCCACACCCCGUUUGUACUGGGUGCCAGAGACUUUUCAUGCGCGUUUUCCGGAUACAACCCGUCUAGUAGUGGGUCAAAAAGCUAGUCAAAACAAACUUUCAGACAUUCUCGCCUUGCACGGCUUAACGACUUUUUUUAUAACUUUGGUUUGUCCCGGGGAAGAAUCGUUUCCCCUUUUUAAAAACCUUUCGUGGUGUCUUUUUCUUUUCCUGUCUUAUACAAAUCUUCUGACUGGAGGUAAUGGGCAAGCUUAGAAUUGACUGAAUCGUAAAUAUUUUGAAAAGAAAUUGACAAGGUAAUAUUUGCCUGAAAUAAAACAUUUCGUGGCGUUUUUAUUACAAAAUGAAUUUCAAGUCACAAUCGACUUUAAAAGAAUCAAAUAUUUUCAGCUUAUAUUACACCCUUCCAUUUAACGAAGCUUACAGGGUGGAUGAUAUAAUUGUCUCGUGUAUUUUUAACGUAAGUUAAAACUAAUGAAAGCAAAUUCCUUACUUGGCUGCAGUAGGCUACCUUUGUCUCGGCUCUUUGAGGGAAAUUAUGUAUUGUAUGCUUCUUUUCUUAUAUUAAUAUAUUUUUGUAAGUCUGUAUGUUACUAACAUAUGGAGGUAAAUAUUUUGUCCUUACCUCAUAUUUUUCAAAAAAUAAAAUUUAAGGCAGCGUUUAGUUUGAGAAUACCUGCUUUAUAGCGUUUUAUAUCGUUGUUGGGACGAAGAUCUUUGGCGAACGUGUCCAAUGUUCAGACUGUUCCGGAGUUCACAUAGGAAAAUUCUGGACUUAUAUCUGACUAUUCUUCUUAUUCUUUCUUGUAAAUAAUAUUUUGUUGUGGGUUCGUUAUAACUUAUUAUUACGCAAGGAAUUAAUGAACUAUUUAUAGAAACCUUAUUUAAGGUAUAAAUUUCUCAAUUUUGUGCCAAAAACCUCCCAUUGACCUUUUGGCCGGUAAAGGAAAAAAUCCUUGCGGUUAAAUAGACAAAUUUGGCCAAAAAACGUGAUGUAUGGAAUGGUUGAUGGUCAUUUAAUGUAUUGUUCUGCAGGAAGAGUUAUGGUGACUGUUCACAUUUUGCUAAUCCUUAACACUUUUUAAUCGUUUUUUGUUAAAAUCAUUUACCUCUUUCAAUUCAUUCCAAUAAGUAAAUGCAAUUCUAGGUUCUACAAUUUCAUUCACUAUAUUAACAUCACGUUUUAACUUGCUUGAGUUAAUGUUGUCAGUUUCUUUAUUUCCUUGUAAGUACUAAAACAAGAGCUUAUUAUGCUAAGAUAUUUUGUUGAAAGGUUUGAAUUGAUAACGUUUCAAAUUCAUCCUUUUAAUUGACGUUGUAUGUACUUGCGGCUUAUAUGUUUGUUUUUAUUGUAAAGGCAUUACCCAAAUAACACAUUCAAUUAUAUUCACAUUUCAUGAUUCGCCAAGCGUGAGCUAUUAGCGUCCAGAUUUGAUUGUGAGGGGACAUGUCUGAAAUAACACAUUUGCCUUCUCCGCAAUAAACUACAUGCAUCUUUUAAUUAAAGAAGUUGAAUAAUUUCGUAAAAAUGUCACAUGAUGAUACUAGGACUUUAUGUCAUGGUUCAAAUGUGGAGGGUUUAUGUUUUGCAUUGAAAUGCAUGAUCGAUUAAGCGUGGUGUUUGUUUACGAAGAUCAACCAUCUCUGUGUCUCCCUGCCGGUUUUAAAGCUCAAUAUCCAUACUUUUAAUAACGCCAGACGACUUAGAGAAUGUUGAAAACGAGAAACACUAGGGAUAAACCCUUGGUCGUUUUUCAACAUGGAAACGAGGCUUUAUACACGUGAUCAGUUUCAAAGGUGCACGUGAGAGUUUCGUGAUGAGCAUCUUAAGGGGUGGUUCUGCUUAUGUUUGCUGAAGCAUUUCCUGACAUUUAAAAACUUGUGGGCUCUUUCAUCGAAGUGAACGCGAGGUUUAAAAUCCGGUAAAGGUUUUGUAAAUUCGCAAGAUGGCUGACAGAGUUUAUGUUUUGUCUUUCAGAUCAAAGUGUGUUUAUCCUUCCAGAGGUCGGUGAGAACGCGGUAUCAGGUCCCACAAAUUUACCCGAUGUGUUCAUAGAUGAAAACGAGAAGAACGAAAGACAACUUGUUGAUAAGGCAGACAAUAGUGAAAUAUCUCUUAAUGCUGCGAAAUAUCACGUUGACAACCUUCCCGAGAAACGCAUUGGACGUAUAACGCGUGAUCCAAGCCAAUCGACGACGGAUCGUAAGAAAGCAGUUGUACUUUCUAUCAUACCGGAAGCUAAUUCUGAGAAAGAUAAUUUAGCGAAUCAUGUAAGGGAUGAUAAGUAUGAUAACGAGGCAGGAAACGCGCGGAAAUCUUCAAAAGACUUUCAAAUUUGGGAAAAACGGACUCCUUCCGAUUUUGAUGAGGGAAACGUGGUGAAUAAAAAUGGUGAACUAGUGUUUUUGAAUGGAGUAGAUGAUCACGAAGACCUUCGUUUUACGGGAAGAAAUCUAACAGAAGAUGUUAAGGAAAAACCUGAGCUUGUAACAGUUAAAGAGGGUUACAAUAUUUCAUCGCCGAAACAACAAGUUACGCUUGUUAAUGAAAGUCGCGAUAAUGUAAGAUUAAACGACGUAUCACACAAUGAAAAUUCUGUGGGGUCUCAUGAAAAUGACAUUACAGAACAACAAGAAACAGCUCGUGACAAAACGAACGAGGAGAGAGGUUCAGAUAAAUUUGCAUCAGAAACAACAGUGAAAGAAAACGUAUGCGCAAGAACUGUUGAUUGCCCUUCUUCUUCUAACAAAUCACAAACUCCGUUAGAAAUGGGAGAUGUUUCUUUGGCUUUUGAUCGAUCUGAGACCAGAAAAGAAGACUUAAAUUCUUUACGAGUCAGUUCAAGUGAAACUGGACCUGACGAGAGCGCUAAAAUUGCGCCAAAAAGACCGCAAAAAUUCGAAGGAUACCCAGAAAACUCAAAUAAUGUGAAUGAUCUUGGAAACGUCGGCAAAACUGACAGUUUGAACCAAUCAGAAAAGAAUAAAGCAUCACGUGAUAUCGGACCAACCAAAAAUGUCAGGGAAAGCGAUAAAAAUUCGCAUGUCGCGCAAGACAGCCCCUGGAUCACUCGCCAACUUCAACCGGAUGCAGAGAAACAAAUUGAAGAAAAAGGAAAUUAUGAGCGCAAGAAUAAACGCAAAAGAAGCGCGCCGGAAAAUGAAAAACCAGAGCGAAUUGUACCACGACUAAUAAUUGACCAAAGUAACGUUUCCGAGCGAAAUGAAAAUGAAAAACUUGAAAGAGACGAGGACGAGGAGGAUAAACCACGGAAACGCAGAGCCAGCGAGCCUGGACUUCAGUUUGAACCGCUGAGUCCGUUGAUGGAAGCAGAAAAUUCAAACAACGAUUUCUUGAAUACAACUGGCGCACAAUCUGGUAAGGUUAAACGGAACAAAUCAUUUGUCUCGCGUGGUUUGUCUAAAAUGUUCGGUGGAAAACGCAAGUAUAAGGCGGAGAAAGACAGUCUGGCGGGUCCUGUUGACUUUGAUAAAAUCAGUACACAUGAAGAAUCUGAUUUCAAAGUUAAUCGUCGAGAAAAAAAGAAGAAGAAGAAAGAUAAAGGUGACCAAAAGGACGUCCACGAAGGAUUAUCUCCUGAGAAUAUAGACAAAAGCCCAUCUCGAAAAUUUGGCGGACUGUUUUCACGCGGAAAAAAGAAAGAAAAAAGUUUCACCGGGCCUUAG